GCGGUGGAUGUGCUGGAUGAGUACGAGUAUGAGGUUCUUAAGCACAAAGUUCAGACUCAAGGCCGAAAGUGGAAACAGGUGCGCACCUUUUUUGGUGUUUUCAAUUACACUGCCUUUCGUCUUAGCAUGGCUGAUAAGAUUAGGAAGAUUAAUGAGACUCUGGAUAAAAUCAACAACCACGGGGUUUUGCUUCUUCCAGUCAGACUUGGUGACCAAAGUCAUUCCACUGCUGGUGCAAGGCAAUAUCCUGAGACAGAUUCCAUCCCUGAUUGUUCCAAAUUUGUAGGAAGGCAUAAUGAUGUCUUAGAAAUUGUCAACAAGUUGGAUAACAUAAGGAGUCAACAUAUCCUCUCUGGCAUUUCAAUAGUAGGCUUUGGGGGCAUAGGCAAGACAAUAUUAGCGAAGUCAAUAAGCAGUAUGGUAAAAGAACAAAAGUUGUAUGACCUGGUGGCUUGGGUUUGUGUGUCUGAGGAAUUUGAUGAAAAAAUAAUAUUAGGAGAUAUGUUAGAAUACCUUGAUAGCUCUGUUGGUCGAAUGAAUAAUAUAGAUGCACUUAUUCAGAAACUUGGGCGGGAGUUAGAAAAUAGAAAAUUUCUUCUAGUUCUUGAUGACGUGUGGAAUGAAGAUAGAAGCAAGUGGGAUAGUUUCAAUUCUCGUUUGUUAAAAAUUUUAAAAACCAGUGGAAACUCCAUUCUUGUGACUAGUCGUAGUGAUAAGGUAGCAUCCAUAAUGGAGGCACUUCCAAUGCAAAAACAUGAUAUGGUAAAGCUAUCAGAUCAUGAAUGCUGGUUGAUAAUUGAGGACAGAGUUCUCAGAUCAUCAACAGAAACUUCAAUACCUUUGGAUUUAGAAGGUAUUGGACAAGAAAUUGCCAGAAAAUGUGGGGGGUUGCCAUUAGUUGCAAGUGUAAUUGGAGGAACAUUGAGUCGUGAAAUGAAGACAGAUAAGUGGCAAGAGAUCUUAGAUGAUAAAGCAUGGAUUUUGCAAGAUGAAAAUAAGAAGAUUUUAUCUAUAUUGAAAAUCAGUUUUGAUCGUUUGCCUUCAUUGUUAAAAAACUGCUUCUCUUAUUGUUCAAUUUUUCCAAAGGAUGCUGUCAUUUUCAUAGAUGAUUUAAUUCAACUUUGGGUGGCUCAGGGGUUUGUUCACAAAUCUAAUGAAAGCCUUGUGGAAAUGGAGGAUAUUGGUAAUGAGUAUUUCAAGGAGUUGUUAUCUAAUUGUUUAUUCCAAGAUAUUCAAUGGGAUUUGUAUGGGAAUAUUGAAUCUUGCAAAAUGCAUGAUCUAGUGCAUGAUCUUGCAUUGCUUGUUUCAAAAGGUAAGACCUUGGUUUGGGAUAGUAGUUGCAAUUUUGAUGUUCAGAAUUGUAGUACUAUUCGACAUUUGAGAGUCAAGUUCAAGGGACAGGAUCUUCUAACCAUUCCAAGAAGUGUUGCUCAAAGGCUGCAUUCUUUGUUUUCGGAUGAUGAUGUUUUUUGUAGCAUGGCCUCAGAUCUCAAAAGCUUGCGAUCCUUGAAAUUAGAGGGAGGUGGGAACAAGUUGCCAGCUUCUCUUGGCAAAUUGAAGCAUUUGAGGUACCUUGACAUCUCAAAAACUUAUGUCAGAACAGUACCAAAAUCCUUCUCCAAGCUCUAUAAUUUACAGACUUCAAAUUUUGUUGACUGUCAUCUUGAAAAGCUUCCCAGUGGCAUGUCAAAUCUCAUCAGCUUGAGGCAUAUCUAUUUUAGUUGUCGAAGUGAUAUAUCGAUCAUGCAGUUAACUUCCCUUCGAACAUUACCAUACUUUGUUGUGGGCACAAAAAAGGGAUGCCGGCUUGAAGACCUUGGAUGCUUAAGCCAACUUGGAGGAAAACUAGAGAUUUGGAAGCUUGAACAUGUCAGAUCUAAAUUGGAAGCUUCUAAAGCAAACCUGAAAGAAAAGGCAAAAUUGCAUCAAUUGAAAUUACGCUGGAGUAGUGGCUAUGAAGGAGCAGUCAACAACAACCAUGAAGAGGUUCUAGAAAGCCUUCAACCUCAUUCAAAUUUGAAAAGCCUCACUAUUGAUGGUUAUAAAGGAAAGAGGUUCCCAUCUUGGAUGGGGAAUGAUGUCAAUAGUUCUGGUUCUUCAUUCCUUCUUGACAACAUGGUGGAGUUGAAGUUAAGUAAUUGCAAUGAGUGCACGUGUAUUCCGAAUUUGGGACUAUUGCCUUUUCUGAAGGUUCUUUACAUUGAAAGAAUGGAAAAUGUUAGAAGAAUGGGUCACAAGCUUCAGCCUGGUGGAGCAGAAUCAAUCAAAUUGUUCCCAGCUUUGAAAACACUCACUGUAGAUUACAUGCAAAGGCUUGAAGAAUGGGUUGAAGUUGUUGAGGAUGCAGCUGUAGGGAGCCAAGGUGUGAUCGUGUUUUCCUUGCCUUGAGAAUGUGCUGAUUUCUGGUUGUCCUUUGUUGGAGACUUGGUCGAUGGGCGGAUUUUCAUCUCAUCAUAAGCUCUCUAAGCUGUCGAUAGAGUGGUGUGAGAAACUGAUGGCUAUCCCUAGUUUAGAUGGGCUCUCAACUCUUAAAAGGUUUGAGCUCAAGGGCAAUAAUGGAUUAACAAGUCUACCAAUUGGGCUUGGAUCCUGCAUCUCUCUUCAGUUCUUGCGAAUUGAAAGUUGCCGAAAUCUGAACUCCAUUCCAAGUAUGAAUGGGUUGACAUCUCUUGAAUACCUCUGCCUUUCUCGUUGCGAUGGAUUAACGUGUCUUCCAAUUGGGCUGGACUCUUGCAUUUCACUUCAGAAGUUGAAAAUUGAAUUUUGCCCUAAUUUAAUUUCCAUUUCUGACGAUAUAAAGAAAUUGCGUUCUCUCAGUAUUCUUGUAAUAGCAGCUUGCGAAAAUGUAAGGAGCCUUCCAGAGGAGUGGCUAGAUAGCCUCACCCGCUUGAAGAAGUUACGCCUCGGUCCUUUUUGGUCGGAGUUGGAGGAAUUCCCAGGAUUGACCUCCAUUCAUCAAUUCCACCCUUCGCUUGAAGUAUUGGUCUUGUUCGGAUGGGAUAAACUAAAGUCUCUGCCACAUCAGCUUCGACAUCUCACUGCCCUCAAGGAAUUAACGUUAAUGAAUUUCAAUGGCCUGGAAGCUUUGCCAGAGUGGUUGGGAGACUUCUCUUCUCUUGAUUGGCUGGCUAUUGGGAGAUGAUCUAAUUUGACUCAUCUGCCUUCUACUGAAGCCAUGCGAGGCCUCUGCAACUUAAAAUAUCUUAAUAUUUGGUGUUGUCCGAAAUUGGAGAAAAGAUGCGCCAAAAAGAGGGGCCCCGAAUGGUCCAAGAUCUCCCACAUUCCCAAUAUCUGCAUAGAUCACGAGGUGGUGCAGGGGAAGUACCGAUCUUCCG